CACACCCCCCCCCCCCCCAGCAUCGCCCAUGGCUGGGCGGGCCCGCGGGCCCAGGCCGUGAGCAUGAGGCACUGCCCCGACGGCUGCAUCGAGUGGCCGCCCGCACACAGGGAGAGGCUCUGCUGCCCCGGGGGCCCCCGGCGUGGGCCCCGAGGCUGCCCCGCGUGUCAGGUGGAGGACCCACUCGUGUUCCACGUGGACGCGAAGCAGAUGAACUUGCUGGCGGUGCUGGAGGUGCAGGCAGAAGGGAGCGAGGGCUGGGCCGGCCUCCCGCGCUUCCGGAAGGGCACGCGAUGGAGCCUGGGCUUCGGGCUCCUCAUCAUGACCUUGGUGACGGCGUCCUACAUCCUCUCGGGGGCCCACCAGGAGCUGCUCAUGGCGCCGCCUUUCCACGCCGGAGGCUUCCCCGGCAACCCCGGGGUGCUGGACGGGGACGGCCCGCCCGGCGACUCAAAGGUCAGUAACGUCUCCUACGUGAAGGACUAUCCCAGCAUCAAAGCCACCAUCGACAGCAUCACCGCCCGCAUCUCCUUCACCCCCCGGCAGCUCCCGGACCCCGAGGACCUCCGGAAGCAGGAACUACAUAUGUUUUCCGUGAUCCCCAGUAAAUUUCUCCCAAACAGCAAGAGCCCCUGCUGGUACGAGGAGUUCACGGGCCGGAACGCCACCGACCCCUACCUGACCAACUCGUACGCCCUCUACUCCAAACGCUUCCGCUCCACUUUCGACACCCUGCGCAAGGCCUUCUGGGGCCACCUGGCCCACGCCCACGGGCGCCACUUCCGCCUGCGCUGCCUGCCCCAUUUCUACAUCAUCGGGCAGCCCAAGUGUGGCACCACCGACCUCUACGACCGCCUCCGCCUGCACCCCGAGGUCAAGUUCUCGGCCAUCAAAGAGCCGCACUGGUGGACGCGGAAGAGGUUUGGGAUCGUGCGCCUGAGGGACGGGCUGCGGGACCGCUACCCCGUGGAAGACUACCUGGACCUGUUCGACCUGGCAGCGCACCAGAUUCAUCAAGGCCUGCAGGCUGGCUUGGGAAAGGAGCAGAGCAAGAUGAACAGACUGAUUAUAGGUGAGGCCAGCGCCUCUACCAUGUGGGAUAACAACGCCUGGACCUUCUUCUACGACAACAGCACGGACGGCGAGCCCCCGUUCCUCACGCAGGACUUCAUCCACGCCUUCCAGCCCGACGCCAAGCUCAUCGUCAUGCUGAGGGACCCCGUGGAGAGGCUGUACUCGGACUAUCUCUACUUCGCGAGCUCCAACAAAUCGGCGGACGACUUCCACGACAAGGUGACGGAGGCGCUGCAGCUGUUCGAGACCUGCGUGCUGGACUCCUCGCUGCGCGCCUGCGCCUACAACAACUGCCUGAGCAACGCCAUGCCGGUGAGGCUGCAGGUGGGCUUGUACGUCGUGUACCUGCUCGACUGGCUCACGGUCUUCCGGAAGGAGCAGUUCCUGGUGCUGCGACUGGAGGACCACGCCACCAACGUCAGGGACACCAUGCACAGGGUCUUCCGCUUCCUCAGCCUCGGGCCCCUGAGUGAGAAGCAGGAGGCCCUGAUGACCAAGAGCCCGGCGUCCAACGUGCGGCGGCCAGAGGACCGCAGCCUGGGCCCCAUGUGGCCCGUCACGCAACGCAUCCUGCGGGACUUCUACGGCCCCUUCAAUGCCAGGCUGGCGCAGGUGCUGGCCGACGACGCCUUCGCCUGGAGGGGGACCUGAGGCGGGGCCCGGCGCCCACCAGCCCUCGCCAAGUAAUUCCCGCAGAGGAGGGGGAGCCAUCGGAGGGACC